UUUUUGCUUCUGGGCGCAAACGCGGAGGAAGCAGCGAGCAGAGAGCGGCAGGAGCGGAGACGGAGAACCGAGGGAGAGGGAGAGAGAGAACCGGCUGGAACCCGGGCCUGAGACGCCUCGCCCUGCGCAGGAGACAUGUUGUGAUUACUGGACGGAGCGUGACAGAGAGAGAUAGAUAGAGAGAAAUUUAUAUAUAGAGAGAGAAAUAAAAAGAGAGAGAGAAGAGCGAUGUGCGGCGGCUCCGGAGAUGUGCAGCGGGACUGAGAUUGCGCCGAGACUCCGCCGCGUCUGUCCGCCUCCCCGCGCUUCAUUACCGCACGGUGUCCCAUUCAGGAGGAGGUGCAGGAGCCACUAAAUUGUUCUGAAAGGGGAAAAGGAGAACAAACAGGGGAAGUGGCCAUGGCUACAGCUGCCUCCUUCUUUUCUAACGGACCCGGGCCGUGGACGCCGAGUGACACAGAGAUGAACAACGUCUACCGAGACCUGGAGCUCGGCACUGUGCUCACGCUGUUCUACUCGAAGAAAUCUCAGAGGCCCGAGAGGAGGACGUUUCAGGUGAAGCUUGAGACGAGGCAGAUCAUAUGGACGAGAGGCACGGACAAAAUUGAAGGAGAAAUUGAUAUUCGGGAGAUUAAGGAGAUCCGGACGGGACAGAAGUCUCGGGAUUUCGAGCGUUAUGUGGAGGAUUCGGCCGCCAGACCGGACCAGGCACACUGCUUCGUCAUUCUUUAUGGCACGGAGUUCCGCCUUAAAUCACUCAGUCUGGCAGCCACGUCAGACGAGGAGAUGUCCAUGUGGGUAAAGGGUCUGAACUGGCUUGUGGCUGACACUCUGCGCUCCCCCACUCCUCUUCAGAUAGAACGCUGGUUAAGGAAGCAGUUCUACGCCGUCGAUCGCAACAAAGAAGACAAAAUUUCCUGUAAGGAUCUGAAAAACAUGCUGAGCCAAGUCAACUACCGAGUCCCUAACAUGAAGUUUCUACGAGAGAGGCUUCCGGACGGCGAAUUGAGAAGCGGCGAUGUCUCGUAUAGUCAGUUUGCGCAGCUCUACCGUAACCUGAUGUUCGACGCACAGAAAUCUAUGGAUAUCCCCUUCCUUCAAAGCUUCAUCGAGAGACCCGAGCAGAGGCUCACGCUGGAGGAUUUCCAGCACUUUCUAAUCGAGUAUCAGAAGGAGCUCUGGGCUACAGACAAUAACAAGGUUCAGGAGUUUAUGUUUCAUUAUCUGAAGGAUCCACUGAGGGAAAUCGAGCAGCCUUACUUUUAUCAGGAUGAGCUCCUCACGUACCUGUUCUCCAAGGAGAACUCUAUCUGGGAUUCCACACUGGACACUGUCCGUCCUGAGGACAUGAACAACCCUCUGUCGCACUACUGGAUUUCUUCCUCACAUAACACCUACCUGACGGGAGACCAGUUUUCCAGCGAGUCAUCUCUGGAGGCGUACGCCCGCUGCCUGAGGAUGGGCUGCAGAUGCAUCGAGCUGGACUGCUGGGACGGUCCUGAUGGGAUGCCGGUCAUCUAUCACGGACACACACUCACCACCAAGAUCAAGUUUUGUGAUGUUCUUAUAACCAUCAAAGAGCACGCCUUCGUCACAUCCGAAUUUCCCAUAAUUCUCUCCAUCGAGGACCACUGCAGCAUCGUGCAGCAGAGGAACAUGGCGACGUACUUUAAGAAGGUCUUCGGUGAAAUGCUCCUGACCAAAGCAGUGGACAUUUCUGCAGACGGACUUCCAUCACCCAAUCAGCUCAAGAGGAAGAUUCUGAUCAAGCACAAGAAGUUAGCAGAAGGAAGUGCGUACGAAGAGGUUUCCACAUCCACGCCGUACUCGGAAAACGACAUCAGCAACUCCAUCAAGAAUGGAAUCUUGUUCCUGGAGGAUCCUAUCAACCACGAGUGGUACCCGCACUUUUUUGUCCUGACGAGCACUAAGGUCUACUACUCGGAGGAAACCACCAGUAACCAAGGCAACGAGGAUGAGGAGGAACAUCGCGAGGUUGGGAACGGUAUGGAUCAGCACGUCAGCGAGAAGUGGUUCCACGGAAAGCUGGGCGCGGGCAGGGAUGGCCGUCAGAUCGCCGAGCGUCUCCUCUCGGAGUACUGCCUGGAGACCGGCGCUCCGGACGGAUCGUUCCUGGUUCGGGAGAGCGAGACAUUUGUGGGAGACUACACUUUAUCUUUCUGGCGUUCAGGUCGUGUUCAGCACUGUAGGAUUCACUCUCGCCAGGAAGCCGGAAGCCCCAAAUUCUACCUGACGGACAACCUGGUGUUCGACACGCUCUUCGCCCUCAUCACACACUAUCAGCAGGUGGCGCUGCGCUGCAAUGAGUUUGAGAUGAAGCUGACGGAGCCGGUGCCUCAGACCAACGCUCACGAGAGCAAAGAGUGGUAUCACGCGUGUCUGACCCGGAGCCAGGCGGAGAACAUGCUGAUGAGGGUGCCGCGUGACGGAGCCUUCCUCGUGAGGAAGAGGACGGAGUUAAAUUCCUACGCCAUCUCUUUCCGAGCGGAGGGGAAGAUUAAACACUGUCGUGUGCAGCAGGAGGGACAGACGGUUGUUCUUGGUACCUCAGAGUUUGACAGUUUGGUGGAUUUGAUCAGUUACUAUGAGAAACACCCGCUGUACCGCAAGAUGAAGCUGCGUUACCCCAUCAACGAGGAGACACUGGAGAAGAUCGGCACUGCUGAACCGGACUAUGGUUCCCUGUAUGAAGGACGGAACCCGGGUUUCUAUGUGGAGGCCAAUCAAAUGCCUACAUUUAAGUGCACUGUGAAAGCAAUGUUCGAGUAUAAGGCUCAGCGCGAUGACGAGCUCUCUUUCAGUAAAAAUGCCAUCAUUCAGAACGUAGACAAACAGGAAGGAGGCUGGUGGAAAGGUGACUUUGGGGGAAAGAAGCAGCUGUGGUUUCCUGCUAAUUAUGUAGAAGAGAUCAGCCAUACGGCACUGGAACCGGACAGAGGCGCGGCAGAGAACAGCCCACUUGGAGACCUCUUGAGAGGAAGUGUGGACGUGUCUUCCUGUCAGAUCGUGGUGAGGACUGAGGGGAAAGGCAGCCGGCCCUACGUGUUCUCGUUGAUCCCCAUGGGCUCUCCGCGCUCGGGCACCUUGCUGGACGUGGCUGCCAGCUCUCAGGAGGAGCUGAAGGACUGGGUGACGAAAAUCCGUGAGGUCACAAUGACAUCAGAGGCCAAGCUGGAAGAAGGGAAGAUGAUGGAGAGGAGGAAGAAAAUCGCACUGGAGCUCUCAGACCUGGUGGUGUACUGCAGACCCGUUCCCUUCGACGAGGACAAGAUCGGGACGGAGAGAGCGUGUUUCAGAGACAUGUCCUCAUUCCCGGAGACCAAAGCUGAGAAAUACGUGAACCGGGUGAAAGGGAAGAAGUUCCUGCAGUACAACCGUCUUCAGCUGUCGCGUAUCUACCCCCGCGGGCAGCGCCUCGACUCCUCCAACUACGACCCCUUACCCAUGUGGCUUUGCGGCAGCCAGCUGGUGGCGCUCAACUUCCAGACAGCAGAUAAGCCCAUGCAGAUGAACCAGGCUCUGUUUAUGCUGAACGGAAAGAGCGGUUACGUCCUGCAGCCGGCCAUCAUGAGAGACGACAACUUCGACCCUUUCGACAAACACACGCUGAGAGGAGUCGAGCACGUCACGCUCAUUAUAGAGGUGUUGGGAGCGCGACACUUACCGAAGCACGGGCGGGGCAUUGUGUGUCCGCUGAUCGAGAUCGAGGUUUGUGGCGCAGAAUACGACUGUAACAAGCAGAAGACAGACUCUGAGGCGGAUAACGGUCUGAACCCCACGUGGCCGCGGAAGCCGUUCCGCUUCACCCUCUAUAACCCCACGUUCGCCUUCCUGCGCUUCGUCGUCUACGAAAUCGACAUGUUCAAUGACCAGAACUUUCUCGCUCAGGCCACCUUCCCCAUCAACUGCCUCAAAACAGGUUACAGGGCUGUGCCGCUGAAGAACAGCUAUAAUGAGGAUCUAGAGUUAGCAUCGCUGCUUGUUCACGUGGAGAUCAGCAGAGGAAGACUUGAGAAUGGAGAAAUGUUGAGUCCAUUCCUCGGGGCGAUGGGUGUGAUAACGGCAGGGAGGGAGCGUUUAGGGGACAGCGUGUCCUCCCUGUCGUCCCUGUCCUCCAUUUCCCCUAUGCCCUCGUCCCCAGCUCAGGCUCUGGGGUAUCGGGGCCGCGAGGGCUCGUUCGAGUCGCGAUACCAGUCUCCUCUGGAAGACUUCAGGGUGUCGCAGGACGUUCUGCUGGACAUGGACCCACACAACAGGUCCAGAAAUGCGAUCCGAAGACCCCGAGUCAGCGGAGACAAUCGUGUGUAGCUGUUCUACACUACACACACACACACAUACACACACACACCCACACACACACACCCACACACACACACACAGACACAUUGCCACCCAGGGUCCGGCUCAAGUGCUGAUGAUGUCAUGGACUGCUGUGAAACCUGUUUCUAUGGAAACGAUGUCGCCAGCGCUUAUGGCCUACAUUUCAGGCAGAACUCCCACCUCUCUCUCUGUGUGAGAUGAAGACGGUGGGAGGGACGUGCCAGGGUCACGUGGCGUAACGAGACACCGUCUGAGCGACGUGUGCAUGCGCGGGAUGUUCAGUAGCAUGAAGGACUGAAGAAACGUCGACACCUGGGACGGGACUCUCUUUAAAACUACUUUUAUUUUCUUUCCCUUUCAGCUCUCUUUCUCUCUCUGGUUAUACAGAAAUAUAUAUAUAUAUAUAUAUAUAUAUAUAUACAUAAAAUUUAAAUAUAUAAAUAUAUAAUAUUUAUUCUGGCUCUGCUGUGUACCGGAGAACAGCUGCAGCUGAUCCGCUCUCAAAGAGCUCCUCCUCCUCCUCCUCCCUGUGUGUCGUUUAUUUAAACGCCAAUUUUUAACUUCCAUAAUGUGAUCUCCCUUUUUCUCUUUUUUUUUUUUUUUUUUACGUGUCUAACACAAGGGCUUGGCUUCUUCUUCUUCUAUUUUCUUUUUCGUGCUCUCCUCUUCCAUUAGACUGAAGCGUUCACCCCCCCCCCCCCCAUCAUGUUUUCCUUUCUUUUCCUCUUUUCCUUUUUUUUUUUUUUCUUUCCUCCAGUCGAGCGGAAAUCCCGGCAGCCGUAAAAACCGAGAGCUCAGGAAGAAGCAACCCCGGCCUGAUUUUUUUUUUUUAUUAUUAUUAUUCUGGCAGGCUUCAGAAAAAUGGGACCAGGCAGAGGCUUUUAAUUUUUUUUUUCAUUCUGUACGCAUCAUCUUUAUUUUUAUGUAUCCUUAUGAUUGUUUUUUUUUUUUUUAACCAACUUAAAGGGACCAGGACGUUAGAAAGGAAACCACGUUGUUGUUUUACGUCACUUCGUUGGGAAUCUGCUCACGUUUCAUUUUUAAACGUCAUGUGAACAAAAACUUUAUUCAUCUCAGCUCAGUUUUUUCGUUUCCUGUUCACACGGGACUGAUAAAAAUAAAUAUAUAUUUGAUUUCCCAUUUUGUGCCCAUACACGCUCUCCAAAGUUACAAACUGCACCUUUAACCUCGUAAUCAUAAACUGUUCAUCUUCCUGACCCUGAAAUUAGCUCCGCCCCUUUCACCCUCACUGCAACGUUACAUCUAGUUUCUUGUAGCAAAACGAACAGUUCUCAUUUCCUCACGUUGUCAUUUCAAGCAUCGCUCACCUCGCAGGCACUACAGGGCUGUAAAAAAAAUCACACACUGCUCCUUUAAACCACAGCUCGUUAGCGUGUGUAUUCAUAAUUUAUUCCACUAAGAUUAGCGACAGAAUGUAAAUCCUGACUCGGGUUCACGCAUUUUUGAUGUGUUAAGGAUUUUCCAGGACUGUGAAACAUUAUGUUGUACAAAAUACACUGAUUGCCGCUUUAAUCAUUUUAGUGAGGCAUUAUUAUUAUUUUUUUACCGAGGACCAAAUGGAGCGCGACACUGUAAACUAUCCGCGCUCGCUAUAUUUCCGAGCGAAUUCAGUAACACGAGCGCAAGCACUCGGAACGAUGGGAUUGGGUUAAGUUUAAAACGCUGCUGUUUAUUAUUAUUAUUCCUUCUUAAUCAAUGAGCAGGAAAGGAGGCGGGGCUUUGGUUCUAUACGGUUUGUUUAAGAGUAAUCAGGAAACAGGAAGUUCGUUAUAAUGAUGUUGUUCUUCACGUGAGAUUCUGUUCGUGUUUUGAGCUCCGGGUUGUUGCGUAAUCCUGAUCUUCAGCUGAAACAGGAACAAGAAACGUUCCACUUCCUGUCUGAUCUUGAGGUGGAUGAGUUUAAGGGAGAAAGAGUUUUUUUUUUUUUUAACCCCACUGUUAUUUUCUUUGUAGUUUCUGAUCUAAACUUCUGCGCUGUGUAAAUCUCUCCCUGCAUCUCUCUCUCGCUCCAGGCAUCUGCUCUGACGUGAGAGUGUGUACAUACAGUAUAUAUACAUAUUUAUACAUUACUGACAGACGGACAUGUAUGCUUCAUUUCAGACAUUUUGUUACGACGAUGCUCUUAUUUACAAAACGAAGCCUUUUUUCUGUAAUGUGCCUACGCUAUAUUAUAUUAUAUUGAGAUGGGGAACGGAGGGGGAAACAUUUUAAUUUUGCCUUUCAUAUGGAACAUAUUCAAGCCUGAUUAAAUAAAGUAUUCAACAAGGA